UGAGCCACCCAGGCGCCCAGCACAGAUUUCUCAUAUGUAAAAUAAGUAUGCCCAGGGUUGUUGUGUGGCAUGGGAGAGUGGGUUUGUGCAGCUUCUCUGUAAACUGUAAAAUGUCGUGCAGAGUCCACGAAGUGUCUGCACUUCAGUGUCUUGACUCGGGGGUCAACCUUGUGAGCUACUCCAAGGAGGGCUACGAUGGGACUUUUCUGGCACAUAGCUGCUCAUUUCAGGCCAUGUAGGGCCCCCGGCUUUUUGGAGUCCUAUAGGGUUCCUACGGGCAGCUGCUGCCAGGAUGGGUUCUGCAGGGCAUUUCAGGUUGCAGACUGUAUACAUGCUCAGAAGGACUUUGCAGCCUUUCUCAGCCAUGUUCCAGGAGGGAAUUAUUCCUUACAGUAUUGACUUUCCUCCUAUGCUUUUACAAUCAUACUAAGAGAAAUAAGAAAAUAGACACGGAAAUAAUUUUCUGUGUUUUGUGGUUCCAUGAGGAAUCCCAGUUGAGUAAGGCUGGGACCUGGCAGACCCAGAAGCCUCCACAAUCCUUCACGAGGCUUCCACAGAGAAUGAGAGGCCCAAGAGAGGCAGGCAUUUGUCCAAGGUUGCACAGAGGUGGCAAAGCCGUCAUUCAAAACCAGGUUCCUGAAUGUCAGGCCAUGACUGUGUGAUGGGUGAUGUGACCCUUUACAUUCCUUCCACAUUUUCAAACUGGAGCAGUUUCAUGAUGCUGGGUUUUACUUCUCUGGUUGUUGAGUUUUUUCCCCAGACCACCCUAUCUGUAAGAGUGUUGGGUUUGAGAGGCCUGAGCAGUGGCCUCCUUUUUCUUGAGAGCUGAGGUCACAGCUCUGGCUGGCUCUGGGCGGUGUGUGGCUAAGUGCACUGCAGCCCUGGCAUGGUGGGGGGAGGGGCAGCAGCUAAGUGGUUUCUGAAAAAGGGAAAAAAUGAUGGGAAAAGCUCUGGGAUCCUCUGGGAAUCAGAACCACGGCAACAGCAGCUGCUGCCAUUGCUGGAAACAUUUUCCUUGAGUGCCAGAGUGUACCCACAGCCCAUCCCUGCCAGCGCUGAGUGACCGUGGCCCAGGGAGGGGCCACGGACCCUCACAGAGGCAACUCUUCUCCCCACACCAGUCCAGCUCUCCCUUCAAGUAACGAAGCCUUGGAGCUUGCCGGCACCUGCUGUGUCCGGGGUGCGCUGCAUCUAGCUGGUGAGUCCUUUCUGUUGUUUGCUGGCCGGUGCCGAUGCUAGCUUUUAGAAUGACACAGGGAGCUGUCAAAAACUGAGCCCUGCCUCUGUCCGCUUGGGUGACUAUGAGCAGUUCAACUAGCCUCUCAGCACCUUAGUUACCCCAUCUGAAAACUGGGGAUAAUAACAGUGGCUGCCUCAAAGGUCAUGGUGACGCUAAAGUGAAGCUAUAGCUGUGGUGCACUUAGCCUGGUUAAUCGUAAACACUUGGCAAGUGACUGUGGAGGUUGCUAUUGUCAUUGUGUAUGAGUUGCAUCAGGGUCAUCCUGGACCCUCCUCCUGGAGCAAAGAGGCCAGUGGUUUGUGGCCGGAGGUUUCGCCACAUAGCUCCUUCCAGGCUGAAGGGGUGCUGGGUGGGGUGGCAGGAGUCCUGGGUUCUCACCCAGGCUCCACUCGCUCUCUGUUUUAGAUAGGGUUCCUGUGGCUCUUCAUCCAUAGGCGGGGUAGCCCCCGGAUCUCUGUCCCUCUUUAGGAAAUGCUCAGGUAGGAAUUUCUCUUUAGGAAUGAUCAGGGGUGGAUCCUGGACCAGUUCCCAAGAGCCUGUAGGGAAGCUGGAGGCAGACAGAUGCUUUGAGCAGAGAGGGAGCAGGAGAGCUGCGCCCCGGGAUGUGUCACCUGGAUUAGGAAGAAAAAGGGGGCUUCGCCCAGGUGGUGGGCAGUUUCCUUCCUGGCUCUGGAGUGGAGAAAGAUCCAGAGGCCAAACCAAGUUUUGCUGAGCAGGGUCAUUUUUUUCAGGACAGUCCUUUAGUCUCCAUUGGUAGGUUUGUGAAUCUUGCCUAAACCAGAACAGCCAUCUCCAUCAGACACCCCAAGUCAUAGUUGGAAAUUUCCCCCAUCAUCGUAGGACAUUCAACUGUGAUAGGUACCUUGCCACGGGGCUCAUGUGCUAGACACACCCGGGCCUGGCAGUGGCAGACUAUCUUGUCCCUGUCCACCCUGCAGCCCAGAGCAAAUGGCCUCUCAGUCCCUGUCCUGCCCUCUGCUCUGGAAGAAGCUUAGUUUUCAGUAGGAAAUCAAGUGUGAGGCAUGCAGUGCAGAUUUGGGGUUUGUUGACUGACCGAAUGAUGGUACUGUGUGGGCUGCUUCAUGUUUAUUGGGUUUGGUUAGAUUUGGACCAGUCAGAGGGAGAGGCAAAAGGUGACACUGUGGAAUGAUUUGUGGGGGCCCCUGCUAAUGGGUGCUCUGGUUGGGAUAUUAAGAAUUGUGAGUCAGGCAUCAGGUUUAUUCUUGGUUUUGUGGCCAGUCCUACCAAGGGGAGAUGCCCUGCGAGAGUCAGGCCCUGGCAGAUGGCCUGGUUCCUACCUGUACUUCGUUUUGGCCUUUGAGCUUCCUGGGAUGCUUGUUUGAGCAGGAAGGUGCUACAGGUUGGGGCUUCUGAGCAGAAGGGGGUUGUCCCUGCCUGCCUGGCCCCAGGGCUAGGGGACUUUGGGCUGAUCAGUUCCUCACCCUGGUGUGAAGUCCGGGGCUGAGUUUAAUGGCUGAGAAGACCCCUGUGGUGGAGUGCUAGAGAUACUCUGCAGUCAGGCUUCCGGGUAUCAAAUCCAGGUUCCACCUCAUCCUAACUGUGGCCUCCAGCAACCACUGUGCCUGAGUUUCCUCAUCUGUCAAAUAUUUACCUCUUGGAGAUGUGAGAAUGAAGUGAGCACAUGUGAAGUGUUAGAAUGGUACCCACCCUUGCACAGUACAUGCUCAAGCACGUCAGUUACUUUCGUUCUUACUAGCCUCCUGUGCCUUUUAAUGGUAGCAGGCUCCACAUAGUAUGAACAUAAUAAGACGUUCUCUUCCAAAAGCGCAGAUGAGUGUUGGUGUUUAUGCUUCUGAAGCUUCUCAUGGCUUCCUACCAUCCACACAAUAAAGUCCAAAUCCUGUUCCUUGACGUUCAAGGACAACAGCCAUCUGGUUCUGCCCUGCUGCCUGUCCUCCAGGCCCACUGGCUUCCUCUUCACCAGCUACUUUGGGAUCCCCAUCCUCUCCCCUGGCCCCAGAUCAACCCUCCUCUCCUUCUAGGCCCAGAUCCUCUGUCACCUUCUCCAUGAAGCCUUCUUCAGGACCCUGGCCCCUCCUGUGAUACCCUGCCCCAGCCAGUGCCUGGUUUCUGUCUCAGAUGGGGCCGAGUCCUCUCUGUGCCCCCAGCACAGGCCUGGGUACCCAGUAGGAUUCAGUAGAUGGCUGUUGAGUGAUGGGAUGAACAAAUGGGUGAGUGGUUGGAAGGAGGAUUCCCUGUGGCCAGGAACACUUCCUGCUGCAGGGUUUCCAUCUGAGGGAUAACGCAGAGAAAGACUCGAGCCCCCCUGAGAGGAACAGCAGGCAGGAUGGAAAAUGGGCCGGCAGUCAGCUGUCUGUCUUCUUCGCAGGGUGCAGAGUGGUGAGGCUGCCUCAUUUAUUUUUCCCCCAAGGACCUGGGCAUCAGAUAAUAGCUGAUCUACUGCCGAGGCCCAGCUGUGUGCUCUGAGUGUUCACUGCCUGAACUUGCACUUGAAAAUGCAGGUUGUGAGCAGCUUCCCAUUUCUUGACUGGCUAUUUUUUGGAAUCCAACCACUGCUGGAACAUGAAUCUCACUAACUUUCUUUGGAAAUGGGAACAAGAAGGGUCUAUAUCUGAUCUCUUUCAUGUUCCCGACAGUGACCACAGCUUUAUUUCAUAGAGAGGGGGAUCAGGCAAGUGCCCUGCUCAGGAAGAGGUCAUAGGAUGUGGGGGAGAUAAGGCAGUGCCAGAUAGAAAUUGCUAGACUGCAUAAUGGAUGGUGCUAACAGGGCCACGAAGGAUGAUGGACAACCAACUGGGCCACUCUGGAUGGGGAGGGAGCACGGCCAGUGCAGAGCCUGGGGGUGUGGAGGAGGCAGCAUUAGUGUUGGACCCCAAAGGGAGGUGGCCUCUGAAAAGUGAUAGGAUUUGGGCAUGAAGAGGAGAAGGAAAAUGCCCCCAAGUGGAGACACUGCAGAGGCAAAGGCCUCUGAGAUGUGGGACAGCCCUGGGUACCAGGGAGUGGGGAUGCCCUGCUGGAUGGAGGGAGGAGUGGGACAGAAGGUUAGGAAGGGGGUGGAAGACACUAUCAAACCAAGUUCACGGCCAUAUGUGCUAGUGCUAGCUGCCAGCUGAACACCACAUGUUCAGGCCUGGAAGGCCUGCACCAGCCUCUAAUCUCUUAAAGUUUAAAAAUUCAGGGAUGCUUGAAAUUUCACAAAAAUGACAAAAAAAGUGCAAAAAGUCCCCACCAACUCAAUAGUUGCAGCUGCCAGGUUGAAGAGCAAAAGCAGGCAAGCACGUGGCUGGUGACGGGGACACGUGGCACAAGAAGGCCUGUGCAGCAUGGAGUGUGAGCAUGUCAGUCUCUGCCGCUCACCCUGUUCACAGAGACACAGCCUGUUCUGCUCUUUGAGGCUGAGCCAUUCUCAUCACCGAGUCCCUCCCUCAAUGCCCAGCCAUUGACAGCCACUCCCAUUGUUUCCUUUAUUCUGAUCUUGGAGGGAGGCAGAGCAGUAGUUAUGAUCCCACUUUGCAGAUGAGGCAACUGAGGCCCAGAGAGGAGAGCAAUCCAUUCAUGUCUUUCAGAGCCUUAUGGCUUCAAGCUGGCCCACACAUCCACCCUUGAGCCCAAUGCCCAUGGGGUUGCUAGGCCUGCUCACCCCUGGGGCCUCUGAGGUAGGAGGUAUAGCACCCCUAGAAGCUUUAGUUCUGGGGGGCUAGGGCCAGCAGCUGUUGGAUCUCUGGGGUGUCCUGCUUCACAGGGGCUUUUGCAAGGAGGGCAGAUGGGGGCUAGAGUUGUGGAGUCCUCAAGCUGGGCACACACCUGAUCUUGGUGGCUGCCUGCAGGCUGCCUCUCAGGCCACAACGGAUCUGACAAGGAUGAAGAAAUGGGGGAGCUCAGACUCAGGGGAGUCUGAGGAGCCACCCCAAGAGGACUCCUGCUCAGACCCCCUGGAUGGAGACCCUAACUCCAGGCCAGCUCCAGCCAAACCCCACAUCUUCCCCACGGCCAAGAGCCGCAGUCGCCUUUUUGGGAAAUGCGACUCGGAGGAAGCUUCUCCUAUGGACUGCUCUUACGAGGAAGGCCAGCUAGCCUCCUGCCCAGCCAUCACCGUCAGCCCUGUUGUCAUCAUCCAGAAGCAUGAGGAUGGCCUCACCUGUGACAGGCAGUCUUCCCAGGACUCUGCUCCUGCUGGGUCUGAGAAGAACCUCAAGCUGUAUGAUCGCAGGAAGAUCUUUGAAGCCGUCGCUCAGAAUAACUGUGAGGAGCUGCAGAGUCUGCUGCUCUUCCUGCAGAAGAGCCAGAAGCACCUCAUGGACAGCGAGUUCAAAGACCCAGAGACCGGGAAGACCUGUCUGCUGAAAGCCAUGCUCAACCUGCACGAUGGGCAGAAUGAUACCAUUCCCCUGCUCCUGGAGAUUGCCCGGCAGACGGACAGCCUGAAGGAGUUUGUCAACGCCAGUUACACAGACAGCUACUACAAGGGCCAGACGGCCCUGCACAUUGCCAUUGAGAGGCGGAACAUGGCACUAGUGACCCUCCUAGUGGAGAACGGGGCAGACGUCCAGGCUGCAGCCAACGGGGACUUCUUUAAGAAAACCAAAGGGCGGCCCGGCUUCUACUUUGGUGAGCUGCCCCUCUCCUUGGCUGCAUGUACCAACCAGCUGGGCAUCGUGAAGUUCCUGCUGCAGAACUCUUGGCAGCCAGCAGACAUCAGUGCCCGGGACUCGGUGGGCAACACAGUGCUGCAUGCGCUGGUGGAGGUGGCCGACAACACAGCUGACAACACUAAGUUUGUGACGAGCAUGUACAAUGAGAUUCUGAUCCUGGGGGCCAAGCUCCACCCUACACUGAAGCUGGAGGAGCUCACCAACAAGAAGGGGCUGACGCCACUGGCUCUGGCUGCCAGGAGUGGGAAGAUUGGGGUCUUGGCCUAUAUUCUUCAGAGGGAGAUCCAGGAGCCCGAGUGCAGGCACCUGUCCAGGAAGUUCACCGAGUGGGCCUACGGGCCUGUGCACUCCUCACUCUACGACCUGUCCUGCGUCGACACUUGCGAGAAGAACUCGGUGCUAGAAGUGAUCGCCUACAGCAGCAGUGACACCCCCAAUCGCCACGACAUGCUUUUGGUGGAACCGCUGAACCGACUCCUGCAGGACAAGUGGGACAGAUUUGUCAAGCGCAUCUUCUACUUCAACUUCUUCGUCUACUGCUUGUAUAUGAUCAUCUUCACCACAGCAGCCUACUACAGGCCUGUGGAUGGCUUGCCUCCCUAUAAGCUGAAACACACUGUUGGGGACUAUUUCCGAGUCACUGGCGAGAUUCUUUCUGUAUCAGGAGGAGUCUACUUUUUUUUCCGAGGGAUUCAAUAUUUCCUGCAGAGGCGGCCGUCUCUGAAGACCUUGUUUGUGGACAGCUACAGUGAGAUGCUUUUCUUUGUGCAGUCACUGUUCAUGCCUGGGGACCGUGUGCUGUACUUCUGCCACCACAAGGAGUACGUGGCCUCCAUGGUGUUCUCCCUGGCCAUGGGCUGGACCAACAUGCUCUACUACACCCGCGGCUUCCAGCAGAUGGGCAUCUAUGCGUUAUGAUUGAGAAGGUGGAUGAUCCUGAGAGACCUGUGUCGCUUCAUGUUUGUCUACCUUGUUUUCUUGUUCGGGUUUUCCACAGCGGUGGUGACACUGAUUGAGGAUGGGAAGAAUAAUUCUGUGCCGGCUGAGUCCACAUUGCACAGGUGGCGAGGGCCUGGCUGCCGGCCACCUGACAGCUCCUACAACAGCCUGUACUCCACGUGUCUGGAGCUCUUCAAGUUCACCAUUGGUAUGGGCGACCUGGAGUUCACCGAGAACUAUGACUUCAAGGCUGUCUUCAUCAUCUUGCUGCUGGCCUACGUGAUUCUCACCUAUAUCCUCCUGCUCAACAUGCUCAUCGCCCUCAUGGGUGAGACCGUCAACAAGAUCGCGCAGGAGAGCAAAAACAUCUGGAAGCUACAGAGAGCCAUCACCAUCCUGGACACGGAGAAGAGCUUCCUUAAGUGUAUGAGGAAGGCCUUCCGCUCAGGCAAGCUGUUGCAAGUUGGGUACACACCUGAUGGCAAGGAUGACUACAGGUGGUGUUUCAGGGUGGAUGAGGUCAACUGGACCACCUGGAACACCAAUGUGGGCAUCAUCAAUGAAGACCCGGGCAACUGUGAGGGCAUCAAGCGCACCCUGAGCUUCUCUCUGCGCUCAGGCAGAGUUUCAGGAAGAAACUGGAAGAAUUUUGCCCUGGUUCCCCUCUUAAGAGACACAAGUACAAGAGAAAGGCACCCUGGCCAGCCGGAGGAGGUUCAUCUGAGGCACUUUGCAGGUUCCCUCAAGCCAGAAGAUGCUGAGGUCUUCAAGGAUCCUGCUGCUUUAGGGGAGAAAUGAGCGACCCCUACAGGGUUCUCUUAACACUAUUGGGCCUCAGGAUAUGCCACUGCUGCCAGACGGCACUCUCAGCAGCCUGGCCUGGUCUGUGCCUGCCUCGGCACUUUCCUCGCCUGCCCUGGACAAGCUGUGUGAAGCAUUGUUGGAUGCCUGGGAAGAGAUAGCCAUCCAACCCUCACUGUCCCCAAGUGAGUCUCCUGAAAGGAAAGGAUUUUGCUCGCUCGCUCUCUCUCUUUUUUUUUUUUUUUACAGACUUUGUUAAGUAUCAUGAAUGAUGUAUCUUUAUGUGGACGUAUGUGAUGCCCCUAUUUUAUUUUAUUUUCUAUCACUAGGACUAAAAGUGAAUGAGGCCCAGGAAAACACCUCUUAGAACAUGCCCUUCAAUGUAAAAUGCCAAAGCUGUUCUCUGUAUUGGGUUUAAUACCUUCCUUGAACAAAGCGGUCUGGGGGUGAUGUCGUUUAUUCCUCAGAGAAGGUGGGGGAGGCUGGCCCUAUUCCCAGCUCUGGUGGAAUCAGGUUUUUCCAGAGUGACUUCCUCCUUCUGUGUGAUCCAUCACAGUUCCAAAAAUUUUAGCUCUAUUGCUGUUCAGAUGAAAGUAUGGAACCCUGUCUCAAAAGCAUGUGGCAAGAGUUUUUUAAUGAUCUUCUAUUUGUUGUGACCAUAGUCCUGCUCCCCUGCAGUGGUAUGUAUCUCCACCUCCAUCCAUCCUGUUGUCCAUCAAAUACAUAAGUAAGUAAGCAAGUAAAUAAAUAAAUAGGUAAAUAUCA